CCUCCUCCUUUUUCCUCGCCAGGUUAUGAAACUAUCGAGGAGGGAUUUCGAUAGGCAAGUGCCCGAGUUGGGGGUUGCCUAUCCGGCGAGCCUCUGCAUCGCUACAGGGGUGAACGUGCGAGCUAGGUCGCGAGACGCCAGUAGAACAAAAUGGGUUCUAGGAAGCAGUCAAAGGAUGAGCAUCUGAAUCCACGUGAGCAUCAAUCAGAAAAAGUGUCAAAAUCAUCUGGAAAAAGGAAACGAGACUAUGGAGAACUAGAUAAUGAGCUACAAGCAAAAAAACUAUUUGUGAAGAAAACCAAACUACAAAAAAUUGGACAAGCUUGUUUUGGCUCCAUGGUUCGAAAUUCAAGAGUUGCCUUCCAUCCAUGGGAAAUGCAAAAGAAUAUUGUCCACUAUAUUUAUCAAAAUAUGGUGGGUGGCACUAUUGGACCACAGCUUAAGAAGUGUCUCCAGGUGCCCUUUGUACGUUCUCUCUACUUGUACCGUCUGUUCCGAACAGCAAGUCCGUUUGACAGAAGAAUUACGGCUCUGGAAUGGCAUCCAAUGCACCCCAGCACGGUGGCUGUGGGCUCCAAAGGAGGAGACAUCAUCUUGUGGAAUUACGAAGUGCUCAAUAAAACAUGUUUUAUUAAAGGGAUUGGAGCUGGAGGGGCUAUCACAGGAAUGAAGUUUAAUCCUUUUAAUCCAAGUGAGCUGUACACAUCGUCAGUUGCUGGAACUACUGCCUUGCAAGAUUUUAAUGGCAAUACAAUACGGGUCAUGGCCAAUACCGAUGACUGGGAUUUCUGGUAUUGCAGUGUUGAUGUAUCUGCAACUCGUCGGACUGUAGUAACAGGAGAUAAUGUAGGGAAUGUGAUUUUGUUUAGUACUGAAGGUGAACAGAUAUGGAAUUUGAAGCUGCACAAAAAGAAAGUAACUCACGUGGAGUUUAAUUCUCACUGUGAUUGGCUGCUGGCUACGGCCUCUGUAGAUCAGACAGUCAAAAUCUGGGAUCUGAGAAAUCUUAAGGAUAAAUCAAGUUGUCUUCAUGUACUUCAGCAUGAUAAAGCUGUCAAUGCAGCUUAUUUCAGCCCAACAGAUGGUGCUAAGCUACUGAGUACAGAUCAGCACAAUGAAAUCCGGGUUUAUUCUUCUUCGGAUUGGUCCAAACCACAGCAUUCAAUUUCACAUCCCCAUAGGCAGUUCCAGCAUCUCACACCUAUCAAGGCAACGUGGCAUCCUCGUUAUGAUCUCAUUGUGGUUGGUCGUUAUCCAGACCCUAAGUUCCCAGGGUACACAGCAGAUGAGCUGAGAACUGUUGACAUAUUUGAUGGAGACAGUGGAGAGAUGGUGUGCCAACUGCACGAUCCAAAUGCAUCGGGCAUUUUCUCGCUCAAUAAGUUUAACCCCAUGGGCGACACCUUGGCUUCAGGAAUGGGCUUUAAUAUUCUGAUAUGGGACCGAGAAGUGAUGAUAAGUAAGAAGCAGGAGGAUCUCAUGCAAGCUAUGAAAGAGCAGAAAAUUGGGCUUAAGAAUGUACUCCACCAAAGAGGACAGAGGCAAAGACAAUCAAACACGGAAACAAACAAAUUCAAAACUAAACUGCUCAGUGCUGAAUUUGAGGACACUAAAACAAAGGGCAAAGAAUACACACUGCACACUAAGAGAAGAAAGAAUCCGGAGGACUCAUGAGUCAGGCUUGUGUCACUACUGUUUGCUUGGAGCCAAGUUAAUGCCGCUGGCCUAACUUGCAACAUUGACUUCAGAAGGAAGCCCUUUACAUUAGACCAUCUUCUUUAAUGAUGGAAAUUAUGUUGCAGAACUGAGUCAUCCAUUAUUAUCCAAGGCAUAAGGCAUAUAUAUAUAUAUACAUGUCCUUAAAUGAGCUAAAAAACCCCACAUUCUGUUGUGUGUACCUGAAGGCUUUUAAUUGUUUAAGACAAAGCACAGUGCACAAAGGUAUGCUAACAAUCCAGAUUGCAGUAUAUUUUCGGAACUGGCUCUUUUCUUUUUAUAAUAUAUUGAAAACAAUCUUAUGCUUGUCCUAUGCUCACUAAAAAUAAGAGCAUUUAUGUUUUAAGGAGCAACAUAAUUUGUGUGUUCUCAGACACAGGUAUUUGUAAUUUUGUGAGAUUUGUAAAACUGUCUAAAAGAUAUAUAGAGGUACAAAGAAGGCAACUAGCUAUAGGUACCUUACUUUGCAACGAUUAUUCUUGUGAUUCACUUAACUGUGUUCUUUUGUUCAAAAAUAAUAUGUUUAAUAAGGUUUUGUAUCAGAAAUUAUUUUGUUAUACAGAGAAGCUAACAUGCUAGGACAUAAGCCUGCUCAAAGAAUAGGUCUGAGAAGCUUAAUAAA